AUGUCGGCCUCCCUCCCGCCGUUGGCCCCCUUUCCCUCGCCAUCAUGGCGCGCGAAACUCACAUCACCAGAAUGGGACGCCCUCCUCGAAGCCUGGACAACCCUCACGCAAGCCUACCUCGCCCUCUCAGAUAAGGACCUCUCCCGCGCCGCGACAAAAGAAGACUCGUCCAUCCCGGUCUUCCUCACAUCCUUUACAACUCAAGUCGCCGAAGCAGGGCCCUCUCCCACCUUAGGAUCCUCUUCCUCGUCGGUGACCUCCAAGGCCCUCCUGAGGACCGCAUUCACACUCACAUCCCGCCUCCUCACAAACCCCUCAACACCACCGCCAACCCAGCUAACAAUACCGCCCUUCCUCUGCGCCUUCACCAAACUCUACCGCAAGAACGCACCGCCCACCCUCUCGAAAUCCUUCCACCUCCACGCCAGCCACCUCGAACAACCCCUCGCGGGGCUCAAAAAGUCCCUGGCGCAAUCAAUGGAAGCAGGCCUAAAAGCAGACCUCAAAUCCCUCGAGGCCCGCCUCGCAAACCUCAACCACCUCCUCCACGCCUCCCCCCACGCGGCAGCCUUCUUCCUCGCGGGCUCAGACUUUUUCGACGGCCUCGUGACGGCCUUCAAGAUCACCAACCCGCCCCUCCGCAAGGUCCUCGUCGCGACAAUGUACCUCUGCCUCGUAGGCCUGACCGAGGGCGAGCAGCCGCGCUUCGGGAUGCUGGCCGACGUGCUGUUUUCCCUAAAGUCCGCUGCGGAGACGCACAGGGCCGGCCCGUUGAAUGUCAACGAUUCGCUCGUGGCCGAGCUGGUCACCGUCACGCCGGUGCUCAGGCAGCUAUCCAAGAGAGCCGAGGAGAAGGGCGCGGCGUCGACUGCCCUACGGUCACGCAUUUCGGCGCUGGAAGGGUUCAAGAAGCCCGGGGGCGGGAUGAUGCGGCCAAAGAGGCUCAUCAGGAGAAAGGUGGACAAGGGUAAGGGGAAGGAUGUCGCGGACGAGGGACAGGUUCAGGCGGAGUUGCACAUACACCGGCAGAGUCAGAUUUCACUUAUUCAGGAUCUGUUUCCGGAUCUGGGGUCGGGUUUCAUCUCGAAGCUGUUUGACGAAUACGGCGACAAUACGGAAAUCGUCACGGCUCAUUUACUAGAGGAUUCGCUGCCUCCGUACCUCGCGACGGCGGACCGCGCUGCUCCGUUAUCUCCCACGUUGGAAAGAAGGAAAAGCCAGCUGGAACCCAGACCAACACCCCCGCAAUUACCAGAGCGCCACAACGUUUUUGAUGAUGAUGAACUCGACAGACUGGACCUGGACGUUUCAAAACUCCAUUUCGGAAAGAAAGGCCCCGAAAAGACGGCCGAUGACGUCCUCAAAGACAGGUCAACCGCACCAAACAAGGCGGCGAUCUUGUCGGCGCUCGCCGCGUUCGAUUCGGACGACGACGAACGCGACGACACCUACGAUGCAGACGAUGUCGGAGGCACGGUCGACAAUGCCAACGAGGAGGCGGACGGCCAAAAGGAUGCUGGUGAGGAGACGCUAUACAAGGCGUUCCAGGCCGACCCCAGCGUAUUUGACAGGCAGGCCACGACGAGGAGAGGGCAAGCGAGAGGCAAACUGAGAGAAGAGACGGGCAUGACGGACGAGGCCAUCGAGGGCUGGGCGGUGAUGCUGGCGAGGAACCCUGGUCAGAAUCGACGGCUUGAGGCCAAGUAUAGCGGCAACGCUGCAUUCACCGGGACCCAGACCGAGAUUCUGUCAACAGCAUGGCGAGCCAGCCCGGCUGGCUCGGGUGCUGAAGAACCUGAAUCCGGCGGCGGUAGUUCGUUCAGAGGCGGCGGAGGCGGUCGUGGACGCGGAGGUCGCGGGCGUGGUGGCAGAGGGGGUGGAGGCCGGGGCGGCGGUAAUGUGGCCGGCCCUACCGGAGAAAAGGAGACUGAGGCCGCGCGGAGGAGAAAGGAAGCCAGCAAGAGCUCCCGGGCGAACCACAACCGCCGCGAUCAGAGAGCAAAGAAGAUGGCGAGAGGUGGAUUCCCUGGCUGA